AUGGAUCCGAAAAUGCCGAAAUUGCCGAAAAUGCCAAAAAUGAAUGGCUAUUUCUAUACGAAAUAUCGCCAAGCAAUGGAAGAGCUGGACCGGGAUUUCGAUGAGGCAAAGGAGCGGCAGCGCCGUAUAGGAAAUAGUGGAAUGUUCAAUUUCGUUCCUCUUCCGGACAUUGAUUUAAUCGCAGCAUCACCCAUACCUGACACCAGCGCAGCAAUUGAAGGACCACGACCAGGAACCAGCAAACACGGAGGACAAAAUUGCAUGGAUUUUAAUUUUAAUAAUGGUGGAGGGUAUAAUAAUAUUACUAACAUUAAUAUAGAUACCGACCAGGAGGACAUGUAUUCGGACGGGGACGACUGUGCCGAUUUUGAAGAAGAUGCGGUCGGUUGGGACGAUGCGUUCGACAUAUUCGAUGACAUGUCUUUAAUUGACUGCCUGAGAUACCUUGCUGUAUCGCAUCAGCUCCCCCGUUCGACGGUCAACAUGAUGCUGGCGAUCCUACGGAAGAAGCUGAAUUUAAAUCUUCCCAAAGAUGCGCGGACGCUUGUAAAGACACCCACUGGGGUUGGGAAAAUUAUAACUCCCAUUCCUGGUGGUGAUUUUUGGUAUGGAGGUCUUAAGCCGGUCCUGACCCAGCAUUUGCAGAACGUCAAUCCCGAAGUGACACCUUUUUCCUUGGACGUGUCAAUCGACGGGCUACCACUUCACCACAGUGGGCCAACCCAGCUUUGGCCAAUACUCGUGCGAGUGGUAGAGUUGCCAAAGCUACCGGUGAUGGUGGUUGCUACAUUUAGUGGUCCAUCAAAGCCGGAAAGCAUCAUCCCGUUUCUUCGGCCGUUUAUAGAUGAGCUGAAUCUGAUUCAGCGGGAAGGCUUGGUAAUCGGCGAUAAAACGGUGCAAUUUGGAGUUCGCGCUUUUAUCGCUGAUUCGCCUGCUCGAGCACUUUUAAAGGAGCAAUAA